AUGCUCUAUGGAACGCCGGAAAUACUUCCACCGCCCGCUACCUCUACGGAGGAGGAGGACAUUCUCCAGCGAAGUAAAAAGAAGACGAAGCGUAUCUACUCGGAUAGAGAUGGUGAUCCCUUGGAGAUGGAGUUGGAGGAGCCCAAUGGAUCUAGCCAUACGCCAGGUGAUGGUUAUGAGAGACAAGGCAACCAUCCAAGACACCAGCAGACAACCCAAAUUCCGUCGUUCAGGGCUGCCUUGACCGGCAUUAGUGACAACACAAAGAGCAAAACUGAUGAUGUAUCUGACGAUGAAGAAGAUGAAGAGGGAGAUGACAACCCAAUAUGCCCAAUGAUCAGACUGACAAAGGACGAAAAGAUCAUAUUGAGAGGCAAAUGGAAGAAUACUUUGAUAAUCAAAGUCCUGGGUAAAACGGUGGGUUACAACUACUUACUGAGGCGUCUCCGAACCAUUUGGAAUCUAAAGGCGGGAAUGGAUUUAAUUGCUAUUCCAAACGGUUAUCAUUUGGUAAGGUUUUCGUUUGUCAUUGACUAUGAGCAUGCGAAACUUGGAGGGCUAUGGACGGUCUUGGAUCACUGCCUGGCAGUAAAGGAAUGGGAGCCUGAUUUCGAUCCUAUGCGGGAUGACACACAAAAGUUGUUGGUCUGGGCAAGAUUUCCCUGCAUUCCUAUAGAGUACUUCGACCAAGACUUCUUAAUGAGGGUGGCAGAUAAGAUUGGGAAGGCGAAGAAAAUUGAUACUGCAACAAGUAUAGCUCCACGAGGUUUCUUUGCGAGGAUAUGUGUAGAAGUUGACAUCACCAAACCCCUGGUGGCUACAUUUGAACUCAAGAACAAGGUCAGGUCAGUAGAAUAUGAAGGGUUUCACCUUAUUUGCUUUAAGUGUGGCAUGGUAGGCCAUCGGAAAGACGACUGUAAGGGAGGGAAAACCGGAGAGGAAGUGGAAACGCCGGUUAACGGAGAAACAGGCCAAACCAGCGGCGACGUGACGGAGGGAGUAAUGGCCACUAAACCUACAUGGAAAGAUGGGGAUAAUCAGGAGGGAAUUACGGGAAGCAGAGAACCGUUGGGAGAUAGAUACGGCAAAUGGAUGAUCGCAGAGAGAAAAAAGAAUUAUUUCCAUAAUAAGGGACAAGCCAAUUGUAGUGGUGAAAGAAAUAAUAACGGGAAGGGCUCUUCUGCCAAAUUAAAUAAAGGUAGCAACCAAAAUGAUAUCUCAAAUAAUUUUGAAAAGGAAGGUUUUAAAAUAUGGGACAACUCCAGAUUUAGCGCGCUGGCAAAUAUGGGAGAAGAUAUGCAAGAAGAGGCUGAAGAAGAGCAAUUUAUUUGUUAG